AUGAGUUUAAAAACUUCCAGCAAAUCAUUGUUGAUAAGAAAAAGAAGUUUCAUCAAGAAAAUAAAUAAUUCUGUAAAUAUUUGCACCUAUAGCCACGAUUUGAUGAACGCGGUGGGAUCUUAUAAACGAAAACUUCUUGUUUCACAAGCACAACACUUUCAUAAGUCGCCAUUUGAAGUUGAUUACGUUUUAAUUUAA